UGAAAGUUAUACCAGGAACUAAUAACCGGGACCAGACACUCGGAAUUUUUCCGUGUUGCGCUUGAAGUCUCCAUCGGUGUGUAGAGUUCUAGGUAUACACUUGAAAAGACACUAAGCAAGUUGUCAGUUUUGACGUAUUUCUCCAUGUUUUUUUCUCCGUGCAGCUUUGUGUUUUCGUUUUUUUUUUGCACCUCUCCAGUCACCUGCCAGGAAAGCCGAGAAAAAAUCCUUCUUAUCCAGUUGUGAAUUGUGAUUUAGUGCAAUUAUUUUGAACCAAAAAUGAAUAAAUUCGUUUACUUGUCGGAAAAUUGAGACUGAGGAGAAAUGAAACAUCACGUGGGAAAGCCGAGGAGAAAGCUUUCACUGGAUAUAGGAAACAAGAAAAACAGUCGGAUCUUGACUUUCAUCGCUGCGUUUUCCCAUCGAAUGUACAUCGGCUGACGAGACGAGUCGUUCCCAAAAAAGUUGCUUUGGUGCUUUGCUAACGAACUGGCACUGGUCUUCCAAAGCCUGCAUCAGAUUUACAACCGGAAGUUAAACUACUUAAACGGAUAACUUGAAAGGACAUAAUCAAGAUAUUCAUUACGGCUUCACUGCGCGCCGCUUCUGCCGAUACUACCAGGGGUAAUACGAAAAGCAGGGAUUAACACUAGUGGUACAAUUUUCAAUAAGUCCGUCCAGCUUUUUGGCUUCGCCGACGACAUAGAUACUAUGGCACGUAACUUUGAGAAAAUGGAGGAAGCAUACAUCAGACGCAUCGCGAGCGUAUUCACAACUGACACAGAUAAUGCAGGAGAUGAGAAAUACGAGCUACAGUCAUAAAAAGGAGCGUGCAUGUCCCUUCUUCCUAUCCAAGGAGAUAAUCGAGAGCGCGGAUAUACUCUCCAUGCCGUAUAAUUAUUUGCUGGACCCGAUGAUGCGCAAGGCGAACAAUUUGGAGCUCCCGAACACGAUUAUCAUUCCGGACGAGGCUCACAAUGUGGAGAAAACGUGCGAAGAAUCGGCGUCGAUGCAAAUUCGACCGACGGACAAAGCGUGCAUUGAUAUUAUUAAAUACGUCGAUUAUGAAGGUGAUGGACCACUUGGUGGCUAUAACGAAGCGAAGAAAAAUUUCACUAUCGAUGAUUUGGCGCUACUGAAAGAGAUGCAAUUGGAAAGAACGGGAACAUGUAUUUUCGAAAUAUUCGAUAAUAUAACAUCAAAGGAGGUGAUUACCUACCAUGUCGUUGCUCACCUGUUGAACAAUAUUAUCCAGUACAUUGCUACCAUAACGGAGAUGAAGAACUUGUGCGUGUGCGUGGCGGUGGAUUUCAGAUUCUGGCGGAAGCGCAAUGUAAAGCAUACAGAUGGAUGGACAGCGUCCAAACAUUUGUUUCCAUCGGUCAAAGCUAAUGCGAACGUUAAGAGGCACUAACGUGGAAGAAACCCUAGGAGUAUCAUUUUGACCAGCGAUACUACCCCCCCCCCCCCCUCUGAAGCCGUUGAUUGUUGAUUUGAGAGGAAAAUCCACACAUCAUUGAUAGUAGUCAGGUGUGUGUCAAGAUUGUGUCAAGGAUCGGAUAAGGAGAGUUUCGUAUCCAUCACUGAGCUGUGUCAAGAGACAGAAAGUUGGGCUCAAAUCAGUCGGACGAAACCAAUCUUUGUCGAAACUCGGGGGAAGGCACAAUUCCUGAAUACGAUGACUGACUACUACCACAGAAUAAACUAUCCCAACGGAAAAGCUGCGGUUUUUAUGGCCUUUUGUCAAGAAAAAAGUAUCAUGAACGGACAAAGAUUAUACUUAACCUGUUUGCCAUUUCCACCCUUAAAGCACAGACAAACAGACGUUACAGCUUGAACAAUUUUCUGAAAAAUCCAUCGCUCAACUCAUCUACCACUAUCUCGCGAGCAUGUUACACGAAACGAUGUUUCGUAUGAAAUCGUCACCAGAAGGCGCUGGAGUGAAAUGUCAAACCCGAAGGAUCACGACACUAGCGCCUCUAGUUGUGAAUUGCGUAAUCAAUCAAAUUCAAAUUGAUCGUUGAAGUCAUGGUGGAUGGUAUUUUAUCUAGUGUUACGUCUGUUUGUCUGUGGUUUAAGCAUUGAGGAGCGAAAAAGUCAAAAUUUGAAUACUCUAUUAAACACUCAAGUCAGUACAAUCGAUUUCAAAGACAUGUCAACGUACUUCAUGCCUUCUUAGUGCUAUUCCUGUGGCUGCUUCCCAUGAACAACGCGUAUUUUUGUCAAAACUAUUGUCACAGAGUUUUGUCGCUAGCUCCGGGCAGUGGUGAAGUAUACUAUUUCUAAAAAAGAUGCUUGCUGAAGCUGACGUCACCAGUCACUCAGAUUGCUCAGGUAAUGAUUGACAGGUAAUGAAUAAAUUAAGUCUUUUGCCAUGUUUCAUGUAAAAAGAUAUUUUAGUUACUAGAUAAAGAUUGUCGCUUCGGUUCCCUUUGUUCUGCUGUCCGGAACAUGUUGGGUACCAAGCUGUCAAAUCGUAUGGAUUUUCCUUCUUUGACAUUUAGUUCCCCUAUCCUCGCCAGCAAAAGAUGUUCUGGACAGCGACGACAGCGACAAUCUUUAUCUAGUAACUAAAAUAUCUUUUAUCAUAUAGUUCUGAAAACGCUCAAAUCGCCGCCAAUCAAUAGGUGUCGGAUACAUGAGCGAGCAUGAGCAGGAUAACCGUAUAAUUCGUAGUUGUUACUCCGUGAUUGACUACAACUUGCGAAAUUGUACAGGGAACCAAUUGAAUGGAGCUUGGGUUUAGCUAUCAUUCUCAAUUCUCAAUGUGCAGUCAAUUACGGCACCGGCCACGUCCAAUUCAAAUCCAAUCUAAAUCCAAUCCUAAUCCAAUACAAAUUUAAUUCAAAUCCAA